UAAUUGUUUAGUCACGUGACAGUCACAUGAUACUCUUUUUUGAAACAAUUUCAUGUUUACCCAUCAAAAAACUCAAAUAAAUGUCAUAAAAUGAAACCUGGAAUGGAUAUGAUGCCCAAAUAUUUUAUGUUUAUGGACAAUCCCAGCGUCCAUGAGUUCCUGUUUAAAGAGUGGUCAACUACAGAAUUGACAGGGUUUAUUUUCACAUGUGUAGCCAUGUGUUGUCUUACAAUCCUCCUAGAAUGGAUGAAAUGUGUGCAGGAAUAUCUGAGUCUGCGUCGAUCAAUGAAUCCACUUACAUAUGCAAAGACAGAAGAAAAUAUUAGCGAGCGAUCACCUUUGUUGACAUCUUUAAUAAUACCUACAUCAGUGAAUGACAUAAGAAUAAGAAAAAUAAAGUUCCAUGCUGUACAGAGCUUACUUCACAUUAUUCAGCUAGUGAUUGCUUACAUUGUUAUGUUAGCUGCUAUGAAAUAUGAUGGAUACAUCUUUAUCUCAAUAUGUCUAGGUGCUGGGUUUGGAUACUUCAUCUUUGGCACAUUUAGAAAUGACUUUCACGACACUCAAUCUAAACAGAAUAAAGAGCCCCCAGAGAGGAGAUCAAGUUUAAUGGAACAGCCUGGCACUUCAUCAGGCAGAUACGGAUCAGGGGAAAAUACUGAUCUUAUUUCAUAG